UUGGGGGAGAGCCCAGGGCUCUAGUAGCUCCGGAGGAGACGCGAGUCGCGCGGGGUUGAAUUAUUUGGGGUUGGGGGCCCAGUGGGGGAUGGAGCACCCCGAGGACAUGGCGUCGCUGGGCGAGUUCGACUCCUUGGCAGGCAGCAUCCCGGCCACCAAGGUGGAGAUCACCGUGUCCUGCAGGAACCUCUUGGACAAAGACAUGUUUUCCAAGUCUGACCCACUGUGCGUCAUGUAUACUCAAGGAAUGGAGAACAAGCAGUGGCGGGAGUUUGGACGAACCGAAGUCAUCGACAACACGCUGAAUCCUGACUUUGUGCGCAAGUUCAUUGUGGAUUAUUUCUUUGAGGAGAAGCAGAACCUCCGAUUCGACCUAUACGACGUUGACUCGAAGAGCCCUGACUUAUCCAAACAUGAUUUCCUGGGCCAGGCCUUCUGCACCCUUGGAGAGAUUGUGGGGUCCCCUGGGAGCCGUCUGGAGAAGUCCCUCACGAUAGGAGCAUUCAGCCUGAAUUCCAGGACAGGCAAACCCAUGCCAGCCGUGUCCAACGGUGGUGUCCCAGGGAAGAAAUGUGGCACCAUCAUCCUGUCUGCGGAGGAGCUCAGCAACUGUAGGGACGUCGCUACAAUGCAGUUCUGUGCCAACAAGCUGGACAAGAAAGAUUUCUUUGGGAAAUCGGACCCUUUCUUGGUGUUUUACAGAAGCAACGAGGAUGGAACGUUCACCAUUUGCCACAAGACGGAGGUCAUGAAGAACACCCUAAACCCAGUCUGGCAAACUUUCUCCAUUCCUGUGAGAGCCCUCUGCAAUGGGGACUAUGACCGGACCAUCAAGGUGGAGGUGUACGACUGGGAUCGAGAUGGCAGCCAUGACUUCAUUGGGGAAUUCACCACCAGCUACCGGGAGCUGGCCCGCGGGCAGAGCCAAUUCAACAUCUACGAGGUGGUAAACCCAAAAAAGAAAAUGAAGAAAAAGAAAUACGUGAAUUCUGGCACAGUCACACUGCUUUCCUUCGCUGUGGAGUCAGAGUGCACAUUCCUCGACUACAUCAAAGGAGGGACUCAGAUCAACUUCACGGUGGCCAUUGAUUUCACCGCCUCCAAUGGGAACCCGUCGCAGUCCACGUCCCUGCACUACAUGAGCCCCUACCAGCUGAACGCCUACGCGCUGGCACUGACCGCUGUUGGGGAGAUCAUCCAGCACUACGACAGCGACAAGAUGUUCCCUGCCCUUGGCUUCGGGGCCAAGCUGCCCCCUGACGGCCGGGUGUCCCACGAGUUCCCGCUGAACGGCAACCAAGAGAACCCCUCCUGCUGUGGCAUCGACGGCAUCCUGGAGGCCUACCACCGCAGCCUGCGCACUGUGCAACUCUACGGUCCCACCAACUUUGCCCCUGUGGUCACCCACGUGGCCAGGAAUGCGGCGGCUGUGCAGGAUGGCUCCCAGUACUCAGUGCUCCUCAUCAUCACAGACGGAGUCAUCUCAGACAUGGCACAGACCAAGGAGGCCAUUGUCAACGCUGCCAAACUCCCCAUGUCCAUCAUCAUCAUCGGCGUGGGCCAGGCAGAGUUUGACGCCAUGGUGGAGCUGGAUGGUGAUGACGUGCGGAUCUCCUCUCGAGGGAAGCUGGCCGAGCGGGACAUCGUGCAGUUUGUGCCCUUCCGGGACUAUGUGGACCGCACAGGCAACCACGUGCUGAGCAUGGCGCGUCUGGCCCGCGACGUGCUGGCCGAGAUCCCCGACCAGCUGGUGUCCUACAUGAAGGCACAGGGCAUCCGCCCACAUCCCCCGCCUGGGCCCCCAGCCCACUCACCCCCACAGUCUCCAGCCCGCACGCCCCCUGCUUCCCCCCUGCACACACACAUCUGAGCCUGCCCCAUGGCAGGCAGGUGGCUGGGACCUGGGGAGAGCCAGUCAGACGGUGGGCAGGGUCCCCCGACCAGAUCUCCUGCCCUGCCCAGUCUAGCCCCUGGGACAUCUGUGUGCCUGGAGGAAGGCUGGGGGUGGGGCCUCCGGAAACUCUUUCCCAAUUACCUGGCCUCACUCUGGCCCUGACCCAGGGAAUUGGGGAAUACAGGGGUGGAAGUACACAUGAGGCACACUGUCCCUGCUCAGCCCUUCUUCCCCUGACUCCUAGCCCAGCAAGGAAGGUGUUAAGCAGGAUGAUGGGGUCCCCCUCAGCCCACCCUGGGCAAUCCAUCUGCUUACCUAUAUCCAGGCAGCCUUGGGCUGGGCUUUCCUCCUCCAGCCCCAGCCCUCUUCUCUGGUGUCUAAUCGUAUCCCAAACCCCCAUCCCAGUCUCUAUCCUGUGUCCUAUUCCAAUGAGCCUCUUGAAGCUAAUGGGUUUGCAGGAAUGCCUGGAUAUGUGUCCCUUCCAGGGACACUUGCAUGCAAUGGGAGCCCUGUUGACCCAUGAGAGAAUGGCUGUGACUGUGAGCUGGUAGGCCAAAUGACUGGCCAGCCCUUUCUGGUGCCUCUUAAGUUGAGUAUGACUCUGGUUCUAGAAACCAAGACCCACAGGCCUCUUCCUGGUGUGGGUGCACAGGUCCCUCCACUGAUGACUCCAGGGCCCGUGGUACUCAGCCCUCUGCUGCCCGCCUGGAGGCCUGGCAAGGAGCAACCCAGCCUUGGUGCUCCCACACUGCCGCUGCUCUCUGAGCAGCCUCCAUUCCACAGGGAUAGGAGAUAGGAAUCCUGGGUUCAGGUCCUGCUUCCACCCCCUCCUUGCUGUGGGAACCCAAGCAAGGUCCUUCUGUCUUCUGGGCCUCAGUUUCCACAUCCGUAUGAUGAGAAGGUUGACCAGAUGGUCCCAGCUUUUCCUUCAGCUCUGAUGUCCUGAGGGUCCACUCAUCCCAUGCCUAGCUCACCCCAGCCCACACCUUACCAGUGUGAUCUCCCUUUAUCCCAGGCCGUCUUGGCCCUAGGGUCACCCUGUCCUGUCGCCUGAAACAUACCCCAGUCCUUUAGCUUUGGGCUCUGGUGUCUGAGCUCAAGCCUCUGCCCCUGUUGUGGGAAAGGUGGGAACAGGUGAGCUCACCACUGGGCCCACCCAGCCACCCACAUUACCCAUGCAGGAAGCAGGACAUGCAUGCCAGCCCCUCCUGCUGCAUGGGGCUCCUCAGCCCACUGAAACCUGACCUUUCCAUGCCUGGCCCUGCCCUGUCUGAUACUCGACACUGCUUCCCUUCCUGUCAUGCAUGAAGGUGGUGUUUCUACUCUGUCUGGUCCUGUGCCCGUCUCUGAGACAGUCUCUGUGUGGAAUUUGCCUUAAAUUGAAGUAAAUCUGGUUCUUUUACUAAAGUCCCUUGUUUUCCUUUCUCCCAUGAAAAAUAGUACAGGCGUUGCUGUUUGACAGAGGCCAGGUUCUUUCUUUUCUUUCCAUUCUUUUGUUCGACAAGGAUUUAUUGAGCAACCACUCUGUGCCAGGCUCUGUGGCAGGCACUGGGAAUGCAGCAGUGACCAAAACACAGACCUGUCUCCACAUGGAGCUUACAACAAACACACAGAUAAGACAGGGAGAAACACAGUAAGCACAUAAACAAGUAGGUAAAUAAUAUAAUUUCAGGUAGCAAUAAGUGUUAGAAAGAGAGAGUGAUGAGGCGAUGUUUUAGAUGAGGUGGUCAGGGAGGGCCUUUCUGAGGAAGUGAUGUUGUUAAGUGUCAUCGAGUUGAAUCCAACUCAUAGCGAUCCCACGUGACAGAAUAUAACAUUCCCAUAGAGUUUUCUAGACUGUAAUCUUCACGGGAGCAGAAAGUCAGGUCUUUCUCCUGCAGAGCAGAGCCACUGGGUGGGUUCAAACCUCCAACUUUUUGGUUAGUAGCCAAGCACUUAAUGUUUGAGGUGAGCCCUAAGGAAAUGAGGGGAUGAGCCAUGCUGACAUCUGGGGGAAAAGCAUUCCAAGUAGAGGGGACAGCGAAUACAAAGGCCCUGAGGUGGGAGUGUGUGCUUGGUGUGUGUGAAGGACAGCAAGGAGGCCUAUGUGAUUGGAGUUGAGAAGAGGAGAGCGUAGGAGAUGGGGUCAGGGAGGUGAAGGGGCCAGAAUGUAUGGUAAGGACUUGGGUGAUGUCUUAGUCAUCCAGUGCUUCUAGAACAGAAAUACCACAAACGGGUGGCUUUAACAAACAGAAAUUUGUUUUCUCACAGUUCAAGAGGCUAGAAGUCCGAAUUUAGGGUGCUGGCCCUAGGGAAAGUCUUUCUCUCUCUGUCACCUCUGAAGGAAGGUCCUUUUCUCUUUGAUCUUCAGCUCCUGGGCAGUCUUCAUGUGGCUUGGCAUCUCUCUUCCCCACCUCUGCUCUGCUGGCUUGUUUAAUCUCUUUUAUAUCUCAAAAGAGCUGGACUCAAAAUACACUGUACGCUCAUCCUGCCUCAUUAACGUAACAAAGACAACCCAUUCCCAAAGAGGAUUAUAACCAUAGGCAUAGAGGUUAGGAUUUACAACACAUAUUUUUGGGGGACAUAAUUCAGUCUAUAACAGGGGCUCCAACAGGUGGUUACUCUGAGCAAAACAGGGGGCCAUUGAGGAGGUGAGAGAAGCGAGUAACACGAUGCGAUUUUUCUCUGAAGCAAGUGGAUCACUUCAUUUCACUUGAUCCUUGGUUCAUUCACCUCAACGAGUAUUUACUGAACACUAGUGCCAGGCUCUGCUCAAGUGCUGGAGACACUGACACACAGACAGGUGCCACUUCCUGCACUGGAACAAGGAACCCCUACAACUCUGGGGCACUGAAGCCAAGCCGGCGUUAGGGGCCAGGGUCUGUGGGCACCCAAAGCGGGCCUUCUGGCCCAGCCUGGGUAACUCACAGUCCUUGUGCCCAUGGUGAGCUACUGCUGCUCUGUGCAGUGGGGCCGUCACCCCUACCUGCAGGGUUAUAUGCAGCCACGUGGAGUGACACGUAGGUAUGUGCCCAUGGCCUGUGUGACAUGUGCACAGGACAAUAAACGCCAUUUUCCUCCUUGUCCCUCUUUGCAUCCCUGUGACCUUCAGGGGCCAGGAUCACAGGGAAAAGGGUCUGGGCAAGUUUGCUGUCAGAUUAGGCCUCCAGGCAGCCGGGCCCAUCCUGCACAUCACCAGGAAUUCGGUACUAAUUAGGCCAAAGUUCGGGAACUGUUUACUUCUUAUGAUUUUAUAGUAAAUUAGAGCUGAUUCACAGCUGUCCCUGUAAUUAGAUGCCCCUUUGACUUGCAUUCCUCUAUGCUUUCUGAGUGGGAAAGGGGUGGGGUCACAGUUCAGGAGGGAAGUUCCCAUAACCAGCAGCACGGUUUACCUCACCUUUGGCGCCUGUGGGAAAGUGUUGGGAGGAGAUGCCAGGCCAGCAGGGGCAUCAAGGCUCAGAGGCGCUGCCUCCAGGCAGCAGCACCUUUGCUGUGCCCGACGCUGUAGCUUCUCUCCUGUGUUCUUUCCCUGGCAUGGAUUCUAGGAAACUGCCUGCUGUGAGCCCCUCUGGGAGAGUCCAGUGGCCUUGAGGAUAUUCAAGGCUCUGACAAAUCUUGCAGCAAAGAUACUGGUUUGAUUUGGUUUAACCCAAUGUUUCCCAAGAUGAUUUUUUACCAUGGAGUCGUGUGUG